AGUAGAGACGGGGUUUCGCCAUGGUGGUCAAGCUGGUCUCGAAUUCCUGAGCUCGGGUGAUCUGCCCGCCCCGGCCUCCCAAAGUGCUGGGAUUACAGGCGCGAGCCACCACGGUCAGCCUGAAGUACUUUUUAAAGGUUAUUUUGUCAGAUGUUCCAGAAAAGUUUGUUGGUUUGACAGGGAGGAAAUAAACUAAUUAAAGGCUAGUUCCCUCAGCCAGUUUUCCUCCCACAUCUCCAGCCUGACACAGGAUAUAUUUCUAUAUUUAUAAUAUAUAAUCAAUAUAUAAGGCAAAAAGCUCUCGUCACGACUGACAAUACAUGUCGUACCUUUAACAAGCCACAAAUGGACUGGAACAAAAGCUAUUAGCAGAAUGUUCUCCACCAAUCGGAAACUGAAAGAAAACAAUACAAAAAUAAACCAAUCAAAAUGUAGAUGAGGAACAGAGAGAGAGAGGCGACCAACCGCCUCAGCCCAACUGCCUCAGAAUAACGGAAAUGCUUCCACAGAAAUGCACCUCAGAAUAACUGGUACGAGAGGCGGCCGGAUUGACCCCACCAUUCUCACCAGCAGGGGGAGAUCACGAAUCAGCGCUUUUUUUUUUAGUCAGACUUAAAACCACCAGAUGGGGCCAGAAGAUCAGAAUGUAUCUUCUACAACCCAGGACUGUCUUUCUCAACAACCUGGAAGCCAUCCCUUUGUAAUGUAAUGAUCAAGAAAAAUAGGGUCCAUGUCUCCCUGUCUCUAUGGGAAGAAACGGUGAUGUCAAGAAGAGGUAACUCUGGUACCAGCUGGCAGUCAAGGCUGUAGGAGGGCAUGGAGAGUUGAAGAAAAAAGCAGUAUCUUGAGGCAGACUGGAAGAGUCAUCACAGCAUCCAAAUCGACAAGAAAACAUCAUUCCAGGGUCCUACAUGAUGGCGUACUCUGAUACUACAAUGAUGUCUGAUGAUAUUGACUGGUUACGCAGCCACAGGGGUGUGUGCAAGGUAGAUCUCUACAACCCAGAAGGACAGCAAGAUCAGGACCGGAAAGUGAUAUGCUUUGUCGAUGUGUCCACCCUGAAUGUAGAAGAUAAAGAUUACAAGGAUGCUGCUAGUUCCAGCUCAGAAGGCAACUUAAACCUGGGAAGUCUGGAAGAAAAAGAGAUUAUCGUGAUCAAGGACACUGAGAAGAAAGACCAGUCUAAGACAGAGGGAUCUGUAUGCCUUUUCAAACAAGCUCCCUCUGAUCCUGUAAGUGUCCUCAACUGGCUUCUCAGUGAUCUCCAGAAGUAUGCCUUGGGUUUCCAACAUGCACUGAGCCCCUCAACCUCUACCUGUAAACAUAAAGUAGGAGACACAGAGGGCGAAUAUCACAGAGCAUCCUCUGAGAACUGCUACAGUAUCUAUGCCGAUCAAGUGAACAUAGAUUAUUUGAUGAACAGACCUCAAAACCUACAUCUAGAAAUGACAGCAGCUAAAAACACCAACAAUAAUCAAAGUCCUUCAGCUCCUCCAGCCAAACCUCCUAGCACUCAGAGAGCAGUCAUUUCCCCUGAUGGAGAAUGUUCUAUAGAUGACCUUUCCUUCUACGUCAACCGACUAUCUUCUCUGGUAAUCCAGAUGGCCCAUAAGGAAAUCAAGAAGAAGCUGGAAGGUAAAAGCAAAUGCCUUCAUCAUUCAAUCUGUCCAUCCCCUGAGAACAAAGAGAGAAUCAGUCCCCGAACUCCUGCGAGCAAGAUUGCUUCUGAAAUGGCCUAUGAAGCUGUGGAACUGACAGCUGCAGAAAUGCGUGGCACUGGAGAGGAGUCCAGGGAAGGUGGCCAGAAAAGCUUUCUAUAUAGCGAAUUAUCCAACAAGAGCAAAAGUGGAGACAAACAGAUGUCCCAGAGAGAGAGCAAAGAAUUUGCAGAUUCCAUCAGCAAGGGGCUCAUGGUUUAUGCAAAUCAGGUGGCAUCUGACAUGAUGGUCUCUCUCAUGAAGACCUUGAAAGUGCACAGCUCUGGGAAGCCAAUUCCAGCAUGUGUGGUCCUGAAGAGGGUGUUGCUAAGGCACACCAAGGAGAUUGUGUCCGAUUUGAUUGAUUCUUGCAUGAAGAACCUGCAUAAUAUUACUGGGGUCCUGAUGACUGACUCAGACUUUGUCUCAGCUGUCAAGAGAAAUCUGUUCAACCAGUGGAAACAAAAUGCUACAGACAUCACGGAGGCCAUGCUGAAGCGCUUGGUCAGUGCCCUUAUUGGUGAGGAGAAGGAGACUAAGUCUCAGAGUCUGUCAUAUGCAUCUUUAAAAGCUGGGUCCCAUGAUCCCAAAUGCAGGAAUCAGAGUCUUGAAUUCUCCACCAUGAAAGCUGAAAUGAAAGAGAGGGACAAAGGCAAAAUGAAAUCAGACCCAUGCAAGUCACUGACUAGUGCUGAGAAAGUCGGUGAACACAUUCUCAAAGAGGGCCUGACCAUCUGGAACCAAAAGCAAGGAAACUCAUGCAAGGUGGCUACCAAAGCAUGCAGCAAUAAAGAUGAGAAAGGAGAAAAGAUCAAUGCUUCCACAGAUUCACUGGCCAAGGACCUGAUUGUCUCUGCCCUUAAGCUGAUCCAGUACCAUCUGACCCAGCAGACUAAGGGCAAAGAUACAUGUGAAGAAGACUGUCCUGGUUCCACCAUGGGCUAUAUGGCUCAGAGUACUCAAUAUGAAAAGUGUGGAGGUGGCCAAAGUGCCAAAGCACUUUCAGUGAAACAACUAGAAUCUCACAGAGCCCCUGGACCAUCCACCUGUCAAAAGGAGAACCAACACCUGGACUCCCAGAAAAUGGAUAUGUCAAACAUCGUUCUAAUGCUGAUUCAGAAACUGCUUAAUGAGAACCCCUUCAAAUGUGAGGAUCCAUGCGAAGGUGAGAGCAAGUGUUCUGAGCCCAGGGCAAGCAAAGCAGCUUCCAUGUCCAACAGAUCUGACAAAGGGGAAGAACAAUGCCAGGAGCAUCAAGAACUUGACUGUACCAGUGGGAUGAAGCAAGUGAACGGGCAAUUUAUAGAUAAACUGGUAGAAUCUGUGAUGAAGCUCUGCCUUAUCAUGGCUAAGUAUAGCAACAAUGGGGCAGCCCUUGCUGAGUUGGAAGAACAAGCAGCCUCGGCAAAUAAGCCCAAUUUCAGGGGCACCAGAUGCAUUCACACUGGUGCAAUGCCACAGAACUAUCAAGACUCUCUUGGACAUGAAGUAAUUGUCAAUAAUCAGUGCUCUACAAAUAGCUUGCAGAAGCAGCUCCAGGCUGUCCUGCAGUGGAUUGCAGCCUCCCAUUUUAACGUGCCCAUGCUCUACUUCAUGGGAGAUAAGGAUGGACAACUGGAAAAGCUUCCUCAGGUUUCAGCUAAAGCAGCAGAGAAGGGGUACAGUGUAGGAGGUCUUCUUCAAGAGGUCAUGAAGUUUGCCAAGGAAUGGCAACUGGAUGAAGCUGUGGGAAAGGUGGCCAGGAAACAGUUGCUGGACUGGCUGCUCGCUAACCUGUGAGCUGAUCCUUGACUCCUCUUCAUCUUAGCCCCCCUAGCAGCAUUCCAUCCCAGCCAGAGCACCCCCACCAUCAGGCCAGUCAACUGCACAAUACACAACUGUAUUUCCCAAUACACUUGAGCAGUUGCCUGUGAAUGUAAGAGGUGUCAACAAACUGGGAAAUAAAAUAAAAAAAAUAAUAAAU